AUGAUGUCUUCUUCUAUGGUUUCUCCUCCAGGUAGCUCUGUGUUUAAGGCCUUCUUCUUCACGCCGACCUUCUCCCCGGAGGACGGGGCCUCCUGCGUGCACACGCACGUGUGCCUGUGCACGCCGGAGAGCGUGACCCCCCACGCCCCCCCGCUGCUCUACGACCUGCGCGGGGACCCGGGCGAGGCCCGCCCGCUGACCCCCCGCUCCCAGCCGGACCUCCACAUGGACCUUUACCUGGACGUCUACCUGGACCUCUAG